AUGCGCCUGGGCCGAUCAAGCCAUAUUGGAUAUGAGGCAGUGAGCGGAGCGCCAGCGAGCCUUGCCCGAGCCCCGGCAGCGGCGCGGGGCUGGAAAAACUCCCCGCAGGAUCCAAACGAAGAUACAGAAUGGAAUGACAUACUAAGAGAGUUUGGUAUACUGCCUCCAAAAGAAGAGGUUAAGGAUGAAGUUGAAGAAAUGGUUUUACGUUUACAGAAAGAAGCAGAAGUGAAGCCAUAUGAAAAAAUGAACCUGAAACAACUCAAAGAAGCUGAAGAUGAAUUUGAUGAGGAAGAUAGAAAAGCAGUUGAAAUGUAUAGGAAACGACGUUUAGAAGAACUGCAAAAAGGACAAAGAUUUGGAGAACUCAGAGAAAUUUCUGGAGAACAGUAUGUGAAAGAAGUUACAAAUGCACAAAAAGGUGUCUGGGUUGUCAUCCAUUUAUACAGAUCAAGCAUUCCGUUGUGUGUGUUAAUUAAUCGACACCUCAGUCUACUGGCCACAAAAUUUCCAGAAACCAAGUUUGUGAAAGCCAUUGCAAACAGCUGUAUUGAAAAUUACCAUGACAGUUGCUUACCUACAUUGUUUGUGUAUGAAAGUGGAGAGAUAAAGGGCAAGUUCAUUGGAAUCAGAGAAUGUGGAGGAGCAAAUCUUACAGUAGAAGAACUUGAGUGGAAACUGGCAGAGGUUGGUGCUCUAAAAACCGAUUUAGAAGAAAACCCCAAGAAGGAACUUGUGGAUAUGAUGACAUCUUCAGUUAGAAAUGCCUCCAUAAAUGAUGUUUAG